AUGGAAGAUCACCCAAAAACUCCACAAAGUGGUAAUUUUGAGCUUUUUGCAACACCGAUACUGACUGAUGUGUCACACUUGCUUCUUUUGAAUUCUGUAAAGGUCAAAACUCCCACAGGGACCAGCAGGCUGCUCCGAUACGGAGCUGUGGCUCUCUCCGUCGGUGCCCUGUUGAUACUCUGUGCCUCAAUAGCCGCUCUCCUCCUGAGGAAGGAAAAUGAGAAGAAUGUAUACAGCGCUCAUUACAGCAUGAACAUCAACGGGGAGGUGAGGGAAGGCUCUGUAGAAAUUGAUUCCGACGACAAUGUGGAGACGUUCAAAACGGGCAGCGGAGACCAGGAGGCCGUGGAGGUUCGGGAUUUUCAAAGCGGAAUAACUGCAAUCCGAUUCUUCAGGGGAGACAAGUGUUAUAUAAAAUCCCAAAUCAAAGGCAACCUUCCUCGCUUGGGAGCUCACAACAAAGACUCACUGAUGUCUGACCUGACGGAUGAAGACAUGCCAGUGAGGUUUGAUGAAGAGUUCCUCAUCUGGGUUUCUUCAGAACAGCCGCUGAAGGACAUCUCUUUCUUGAGCCCCAAGAUUCUGGCUCUGUGCAGAGAGCUACCUAUUUACUGGCUCCAACCGCUCGUUCCCAAAGAUGGGGUGAGGAGGAAGAGAAGGAGGAGGGACUCACAGCGGGCCAAGCGGCAGACCCGUGUGGAGUUGUCGGAGGUGACGAGAAAGGAAGACUCCUCCAGGUUGGGGGAACGGCGAAGAGAAGAGGGGCUUCAGUCGGAUGUGGGAUCGGGAUUCAACCCUGAGAAUCCGUAUCAUCGUGGCGGAGGUGCUGGGGCGGUAGCCGGCGCCGGCGAAGAAGGCGGCAUGACCUUUGACUCCAUGUUGGACCACCAGGGGAUCUGCUGCGCCGAGUGCCAGCGCAGCUACACGCACUGUCAGCGAAUAUGCGAGCCGCUGCGCGGUCACUGGCCGUGGCCGUACAACUACAGAGGAUGUCAGGUAGCUUGCAGAGUUAUUAUGCCUUGUCGCUGGUGGGUAGCACGCAUUUUAGGCAUCGUGUAG